GCGUCUCUGUUUAAUGACGGACAAGAAACCCCGAAGAAGGAGGAGGAGGAGACGAAGAAGGAGGAGAAAAGUAAAAGAGAAGAAGAAGAAAGUGUUUCCUGAUUCAGUGUUUCAUGGCUGAGAGCGCGCGCUGGGAGCGGCACGCCGAAACGAUAGUGCAGCUCUCUAGACUACUUCCUGGUUGAGUCCGCUCCCUGAGACAUUUCGACACUGAACCACGGACUAAACCACUUUACUGACGUCAGACCACCAUGAACCAGGACCAGGACUAACCAGGACUAACUGCAGAGGACUUGUCUGUUCAGACCUGCUGUAUCUGGUCUCAGUGGACCUGGUCUGGAGUGAAGAUUCUGACCCUGUGGAUCAGGACUGUCCUGGUCUGACUCAGACUCUGAGAUGAAUUUAUUCAACGGAAAAAUUCUGGCAGUGACUCUGAUGACGCUGCUGACACUGGGGAUUUUCUACUCCUACAUCUUGAGGCACUACAGAUUUGUUGUUGCCUUCAAGCAUAAAGACAAGACGUCAGCAGACAGUUCAGCAGCGUCUGACUCCACCACAGCAGCAAACUGUGUGAAAGAAUCUCCGGCCAUCAACAUCCGAAGUCAUGAGUUCAGCCUGGUGGUUCCCGAUCAUCUGAAGUACAACCAGCCCCAUCUCACAGAGAAUAGUCGUACCGACGUGAUGACGGUGACUCCCUGGUUGGCUCCUGUGGUCUGGGAGGGAACCUUUAACCAAGAUGUCCUUGACAGCAUCUACAAACCAAAGAACAUCAGCAUCGCAGCCACUGUGUUCGCUGUUGGAAAGUACACCAUGUUCCUGAAAAACUUCCUGGAAUCGGCAGAGCAGCACUUCUUUGUUGGUUUCAGGGUUCACAUGCACGUCUUCACCGACCAGCCGAACGAGGUGCCCAAAGUCAAAAUGGCUGCCGGUAGGCAGGUCAUGGUGCAUAAAGUUCCCAGCUUAAAUCGUUGGCAGGAGAUCUCUGCUCGCCGGAUGAAGCAGAUCCAGGACCUGAUAGAGGAGAAGCUUCGUGGAAACACCGACUACAUCUUCUGUCUGGACGUGGACUCCAAGUUCCACGGUCGCUGGGGAACUGAGUCACUGGGCCGACUGGUCACUGUGGUACAUCCAGGUUACUACAGAGACGACCGCAGCAGGUUCCCCUACGAGCGGAGGCCUCAAUCCAGAGCCUAUGUGGCUCCUGGGGAGGGAGACUUCUACUACUGUGGAGGGGCGUAUGGAGGCCUCCUGCAGGAGGUCCACCAGCUCACCAAAACCUGCAAUUUAAACUUUGAGGCUGACGCGAAGGACGGCAUUGAGGCUGCUUGGCAGGAGGAGAGUCACCUGAACAGGUACAUGUGGAUCAACAAGCCCAGUAAGGUUCUAUCCCCUGAGUACCUGUGGCAGGACUUCAAGCCCAAAAACCCUGAGAUUCGCCUCCUCAGGUUCUCUGGAGUCAUCAAGAACUACGCUGAUAUCCGACCCAACGUCUGAGAGAACUGAACUGAACUGGACUGAAUUGGAAUAAGCUAGACUGGACUGAAUGAGCCGAGACCUACCCAGUCAUGGUUUGAAAGGGUUUGGAAAACCCUGGCUCCACCUGAUUUCUGGUCAUCAUUCUUCACCUUCAAAGAUGAAACUUCUGCUCUUUAGCGUCUUUUUUCUUUCGACUGUGACUCUGACUGUGAAGCUUGAAUGUCCUGCAGUCAGUGUUGUGCCUGAAGCCACCACUGUGUCUCCAAAGAAAACAACUCUGAGAAAAUCAAUAAUUACAAAUGGCCUCAGUGUUUAAACAAGGCUAGCUGUCAGCUGACUUCAGCUGUGGUUAGCUUCUUUCUGCAAGUCAGUGAGGUGCAGGACAGAUUAAUGAGCUAAUAUUUGUUACCCAGUGAGCUACAUAGCCAUGUUAAGUCUUGUGUACGGACAUCUUUAAGAACAGGACAUCAUGUAAACGUGCAGUGGGUCCUGGUUCAAGAUGGCCUGACGUCAUGAAAGUUGCUGUCUUCCUCUCAGGUGUCUGUGUUCUCUGAUGAAUGGAAUAAAAAAGGGAAUUGUUACACAAGUGGAAACUCCAGGUUUUAUUUGGUUCUAUUUGAGUGAGUUGUCAAUAAUCAAUAAUCUGAACAGGAUGUUGAUCAGUGAAUAAAAACACGUUGACAUGAAGCAUCAUAUGUCACACAGGAGUGUUCAGGUGAAGACAUCGUAUGACUCACAGGUAACACAGUGAACACUGCAUCCUCUGUCGAGAGUCACAUGGCCAUUUCUGAUCAAAGUUUUAUUAUGAAAAUUUAAAUGAUUUAAACUGUAAUAAUAUUAUAAUGAUAAGUUUUAAGUUUGUUCAGUUGUUUUUCUAAAAUCAGUUUUUCAUUUGUUAGUUUAGACAAUGUGACCAGUUUAUCAGAUACACCUGUAAAAUCUAAACUGUAAAUGGGAAGAAACAGUUGCACCCUCAAUAAUAAACAUAAAGUUAAUGUCA